GUCUGAAUCAACUUCGUAGCAUGUGAUCUACCUUUCAACUGUGGGAGAUGUUUGUAAGUGACAACAAGCAUAACGUUAUGUUUGUAAUGAGAAAGAUAUACUGACUGACAAUGUCUGCUUUGAAACUGUUUGACGGCGAACACCACGAAACAUCACAACAUAACAUUACUCGUCGCAUGCGGCAAACAAAGAGACGGGAGGCGGAUGGCACACUAAAGGUGGAGUGUGUGAUUGAAGAAGUUGAGAUCCGCAGGAAUGUUAAGCACCUCACCAUGAACCAGUCCAAAGCAGCUGAUCAGUUUCAGACCAAUGGUGUGUCCCCCUCGAAGCCUUUCAAAAAGCGUUUUUCCAGCAAAAUUGUUCUGGAUGAUGAGUCUAACCAGGAUUUGGGGGCCCAUGAUCUCAUCGACCUCAUCAACAGCCCUCAUAGUCGCCAUGAUAGGUGGACAAAGAGCAGUGAGAGUCCUAUGUGGGGGUUGAAUGGAGACUCAUCCCCAGCCAUGCACAGUGUGGCCCUCCUGUCAGACGGCGGUCAGUCAGAUGCAGCAUGCUCGGACACAGAAUCAGUCGAGAUCAUCCUCGGCUCAGAGAGUGAGGACGAUGAACGUUUGAACCUGAGCAUGUCACAGUAUUCAGGGCCCAACGUGUCUCCUGAGCUGUCUACCACUCCUUUGUCCCAAAUGCUGUCCCUCUCGAAGAGUCAAGAGCCCUCGGCGAAUAGUGGAGCUGAGGCUGGCUUGAAGUUUAUGAGUGGUUCUUAUGGGGAGGACUCUGCCCUCAUUGGUUGUGGAAAAGAGCCGCCAAUUGCGAUCGGCAGCGAAGAUGAGGACUUGGGAGACGGGAAUGUAACUGACUCCUGCUGCUCCAUCGCCUCCGGCCCCAGCAGGCCGUGGCAGCCUGUGCCCCAGGGGCCGUGCUCCAGCUGCCUGGCGCUCUGCGUCAGGAUGAAGAGGCUCACCAAUUGGACAAAGAGCAGGGUGAAAGAUCCAGCCUGUUUAUACUAUGACCAAUGGAUGCUGCUGAAACCGUGGCAAUCUCGAGGAGUGCACGGCCAUUGCAGAGUGAGGGGGAAGUUGUUUAAGCAUCUUCCUCGGAUCUGGCAGCAUGCAAAAGUCCAAGCUGAGGAAGACCUUGAUGAUGAAUGUGGGGUCUGUUCAAGACCUCAUGUGUUUCUGCAAAGAAACCUUAGACAGUGCAAGAGAUCUCAGUCAAAACUCGUCAAACACACAAAGGUCAGGAAUAAGGCGGGCUCAAGACUGGGUAGAAGGUCAAAAGACCACUGGCCCCCACUUCCAGGCCAACACGUGAAAAAGAGGAGGAGCAAGAUUGUGAAGGACUCCAUAAAGAAGAAGAAAAAGAGGAGUGUGGGAGAGAAGCAGGGGAGCAGUGGGAGACGUGAGGAGACGAGUGGGACAGAGGUGCUGCACGAAGACAGCCAGACGCUGGGUGACGAGCACCUGAGCUACGAUGACGUCACUGCAGACUGCAGCACAGAGGAGCAGGCAAACCUAAGUCCAGACAGAUGGCAGGAUAUGAACGCUGACAUACAGACCAAUGGAUGCCCUGACAAGCAUGGAAAUGUCAAUGCGCUAAGCCCCUCAGAGUGGCCUGCAAAUGCUAAUGUAGGCAGCCCGUCACAUACACACACAGGCAGAUACACAGGCAGUAGCCCAGACAGCAGAGAAGACAGACCGAGAGACUUGAGGGCAGACCGGCACCGAGAUGAACAUGUUGAUGGCCACCGAGAGAAACAACGUUCAAACCAAAGAUCUGUCUUGGAAGCAGAUGGACAAACUGGAGUGAAGGCAUUCAAGUGUGUUGUCAGUGGUUCAGACAGAGAUGUAGGAGGAAGCACAGACACAUCUCCCAUCGUACAUCUGCACAGAUGUGACCGUGUGAAUGGAAAUGUCAAGCAAGCAGACUGCCUCAGGAAGGCACCACACAACUCUAGGGACGUCAAACAUAAAGGUGCAGGCAAACAUUCAUGUUGGAGCACAGACAGGCCUACAGGCAGUGAUGUAGAUGUAAGCCUCAACAGAAAUGCAGAUGAUGAAGGCAGAUGUUUAAACAAUGAGAGGAGGCAGAGAAAAAGUCACCCUGGGGAUGCUUUAAGCAGGCAUUUGGGUGUAGAUCCAAACAUUCACUUGAACAGCCCCUCAAAUAUGAAUGGAGAUGAUGUCUUGGAUGAUUCAGAUGGGCACUUGGACAGACAUGUAGAAGGUAGUUCAGAUGAACUUGUAGAUUUAAGUACAGCCAUGGGCAUCACCCGCAGGGCUCUCUUGUUUGAAGACCCCCCCACAUUGCCUUUGAUGAAUGGAUCCUCAGCAACCCCAGUGGUGGGGUCAGUGCAAACUCAGGGACACACUGCAGUGCCUCUGAGCAAGGACCCAUAUAUGUUCCGCACCCCAACACCUCCCGGAAUUGAGGCCUUCGAGGUAGUCAGGAAGCUCCGUCCCUUCGCCCGCACCUACGGAAACGUGGGGGCUCGAUGUGGUAGCUUCAAGUCCAUUCUGUGCACUUUGGAUAGGGUGCACAGUUCGGUUGUCCGUGAAACCGAUCCGUGAGUGGCAUACAGAGAAGUUGGCACAGCAGCCAUUGAUGCACGCUCAUGGGCUCUUCUGACCAGUAUAUAUGUUGCAUAGUUCUUUGCACUUGGUUGUACCCUUUAUGGAGAAAACAAGUUCACUGUGAAGUUGAAUCCAAUGGUGUUACUGUUACUGUGUUAAAUUGUUUGUUAUUCAUACUUGAAAGAAGUGUUAAGUUAUGUUUAUAUUUAUUUUCUUUGGUGACACAUCUGCUUAACCAGUUUGUGAUUGGCAGUCAGACCUGACUUAAUAAAGCAGAUUGGUUAAAAGCA